CAGGAUGGAUUAGAUGCUUUGGUAUAUGACUUAGAUUUUCCUGCUUUAAGAAAAAACAAAAACAUCGAUAACUUCUUAAACAGGUAUAAAGACACGGUAAAUAAAAUGAGAGAUCUGCGCAUGAAAGCCGAAGAUUAUGAAGUGGUGAAGGUGAUCGGUAGAGGGGCAUUUGGGGAGGUUCAGUUGGUAAGGCAUAAAUCCUCAAGGAGAGUGUAUGCGAUGAAGCUUCUGAGCAAAUUUGAGAUGAUAAAAAGGUCAGAUUCUGCGUUCUUCUGGGAAGAAAGGGAUAUUAUGGCUUUUGCUAACAGCCCCUGGGUUGUUCAGUUAUUUUACGCAUUCCAAGAUGACCGUUACCUUUACAUGGUGAUGGAAUACAUGCCUGGUGGGGACCUUGUGAAUUUAAUGAGCAACUACGACGUUCCGGAGAAAUGGGCAAGAUUUUAUACUGCUGAAGUUGUACUUGCAUUAGAUGCAAUUCACUCAAUGGGUUUUAUACACAGAGAUGUGAAGCCUGAUAAUAUGCUGCUAGAUAAAGCUGGUCAUUUAAAACUAGCAGAUUUUGGUACUUGUAUGAAGAUGAACAAGGAAGGUAUGGUACGAUGUGAUACGGCUGUGGGAACACCAGACUAUAUCUCUCCUGAAGUAUUGAAGUCCCAGGGUGGUGAUGGUUAUUAUGGGCGAGAAUGCGACUGGUGGUCAGUUGGAGUCUUUUUAUAUGAGAUGCUUGUAGGUGAUACGCCUUUUUAUGCAGAUUCUUUGGUUGGAACAUACAGUAAGAUUAUGAACCAUAAGAACUCCCUUACUUUCCCUGAUGACAAUGAGAUUUCUAAAGAGGCAAAAAACCUUAUUUGUGCCUUUUUAACUGAUAGGGAAGUCAGGCUAGGACGAAAUGGCGUAGAAGAAAUUAAACGGCACCUUUUUUUCAAGAAUGAUCAAUGGGCUUGGGAAACUCUGAGAGACACUGUGGCACCAGUUGUGCCUGACUUAAGUAGUGACAUUGACACCAGUAAUUUUGAUGAUCUGGAAGAAGACAAAGGAGAGGAAGAAACAUUUCCCAUACCUAAAGCUUUUGUGGGCAACCAGCUUCCUUUUGUAGGAUUUACGUACUACAGCAACCGUCGGUAUUUAGCUGUCUCUGCAGAAAACUCCAAUGAUAACAGAACAGGCUCCAGUGUGGAUAAAAGUGUGUUGGAAAAUAUGCAGAAGAUGAUCUAUGAGUUGGAAGAGCAACUACAUAAUGAAAUGCAGUUGAAAGAUGAAAUGGAGCAAAAGUGCAGAUCUUCAAACAUAAAGCUGGACAAGAUAAUGAAAGAACUGGAUGAAGAGGGAAAUCAAAGGAAGAAUUUGGAAUCAGCAGUGUCUCAGAUUGAGAAGGAAAAGAUGGUAUUGCAACAUAAGAUAAACGACUACCAAAGAAAAAUUGAACAGGAGAAUGAAAAAAGACGGAAUGUGGAAAAUGAAGUGUCCACGCUAAAAGAUCAGAUGGAAGACUUGAAAAAAAUCAGCCAGCAUUCACAAAUUACAAAUGACAAGAUAACACAAUUACAAAAACAACUAGAAGAAGCAAAUGACUUGCUGAGGACAGAAUCGGAUACAGCAGCAAGACUGCGAAAGGGUAACACAGAAAUGAGCAAGUCAUUAAGUCAAGUAGAAUCACUGAAUAGAGAACUGCAGGAAAGGUGCAGAGUUCUAGAAAGCACAAAACUGCAGGUGGAGAAAGAUUAUUACCAACUGCAAGCAGCUUUGGAGUCAGAACGAAGGGACAGAAGUCAUGGAUCUGAAAUGAUUGGAGAACUGCAGGUUCGGAUUACAACUUUACAAGAAGAAGUAAAAAACAUUAAAAACAACCUUGAAAGAGUGGAAGCAGAAAGAAAACAAGCACAGGAUAUGCUUAAUCAUUCAGAAAAGGAAAAGAAUAACUUAGAGAUAGAUUUGAACUACAAGCUCAAAUCAUUACAAGACCGUUUAGAACAGGAAGUAAAUGAACACAAAGUGACUAAAGCGCGAUUAACUGACAAACAUCAGUCAAUAGAGGAGGCAAGAUCAGUUGCAAUGUGUGAAAUGGAAAAAAAGGUAAAGGAAGAAAGGGCAGCAAGAGAAAAGGCAGAAAAUCGGAUAGUUCAGGCGGAAAAACAGUGUUCCAUGCUGGACUUUGACCUGAAGCAAUCUCAGCAGAAACUGGAACACCUUCUUGAGCAGAAGGAAAGACUGGAAGAUGAAGUAAAGAAUCUAACACUUCAGCUAGAACAAGAGACGAAUAAGCGAAUAAUGGCACAGAAUGAUUUAAAGGCACAAGCUUUUGAAGCAGAUAACUUGAAGGGUUCCGAGAAGCAGCUGAAACAGGAAAUCAAUACGUUGUUAGAAGCAAAGAGAUUACUGGAAUUCGAGUUGGCUCAACUUGCUAAACAGUACAGAGGAAAUGAAGGUCAAAUGCGUGAGCUUCAGGAUCAGCUUGAAGCUGAGCAGUAUUUUUCGACACUUUACAAAACUCAGGUUAAGGAGCUGAAAGAGGAAAUUGAUGAAAAGGAAAAAGAAACUCAAAGAAAGAUGCAGGAAUUGCAAAAUGAAAAAGAAACGCUUAGUACCCAGUUGGAUUUAGCUGAAAGCAAAGCUGAGUCGGAACAGUUGGCACGAGCGCUCCUUGAAGAACAGUAUUUUGAACUGAGUCAAGAAAGCAAAAAAGCAGCAUCAAGACACAGGCAAGAAAUGACUGAUAAGGACAGCAUCAUAAGAAGGCUGGAAGAAACUAAUAACACGUUAACCAAAGAUGUUGAUUUAAUAACAAAAGAAAAUUCAGAAAUCAGUGAAAAAAUUAAGAAACAGGAGGAAGAAUUCAAAAUAAAAAAAGAAGAGGAAAUCAAUAACAUUAGAAUGCAUUAUGAGAAGAGCAUCAGCACUGAAAGAACUCUGAAGACACAGGCUGUCAACAAACUGGCUGAGAUAAUGAAUCGGAAAGAUUUUAAAAUAGACCGAAAGAAAGCUAACAUGCAAGAUUUGAGGAAGAAAGAGAAGGAAAACCGAAAGCUCCAAUUAGAGCUUAAUCAAGAAAAGGAGAAAUUCAAUCAGAUGGUAGUGAAAUACCAAAAGGAGCUCAAUGAAAUGCAAGCGCAACUAGCAGAAGAAUCUACAUACAGGAAUGAACUCCAGAUGCAGCUGGAUAGUAAAGAGAGUGACAUAGAACAACUACGGAGGAAAAUUUUGGACCUCCAGCAAGGAAUGGACUCUACCAGUGUUGCUAGUCUCCAGACAGAUGAAACAGAUGGAAAUCUUUCAGAAUCAAGACUUGAAGGUUGGCUUUCGAUACCAAACAAAGGAAAUAUAAAACGGCACGGCUGGAAGAAACAGUAUGUUGUGGUGAGCAGUAAAAAGAUACUGUUCUACAAUGAUGAAAAGGACAAGGACCAGUCUAAUCCAUCUAUGGUACUAGAUAUAGAUAAGCUGUUCCAUGUCCGGCCUGUAACGCAAGGAGAUGUAUAUAGAGCUGAAACUGAAGAAAUUCCUAAAAUAUUCCAGAUUCUCUAUGCUAAUGAGGGGGAAUGCAGGAAGGAUUUGGAGGUAGAGCCAGUACAGCCGGCAGAGAAGACAAACUUUCUAAAUCACAAAGGCCAUGAAUUUAUUCCAACGUUAUACCACUUCCCAGCCAACUGCGAGGCCUGUGCCAAACCUCUUUGGCACGUCUUUAAACCCCCCGCUGCCCUAGAAUGUCGGAGGUGCCAUGUGAAGUGCCAUAGAGACCACUUGGAUAAAAAGGAGGAAUUAAUUGCACCGUGCAAAGUGAGUUAUGAUGUGACUUCCGCAAGAGAUAUGUUGUUAUUGGCAUCCUGUCAAGAUGAACAGAAGAAGUGGGUGACUCAUUUAGUAAAGAAGAUCCCUAAGACGCCACCGUCGACUUUUGUUCGCGCUUCUCCUAGAACGAUGUCUACAAGAUCCUCAGCAAAUCAGUCAUUCCGAAAAGUUGUUAAAAAUACUUCUGGAAAAAAUAGCUAACCACGUGUACAGUGCUUAAUGGAAUCUCCUGGGAUGCGGUCCGAGAAACAGGGCUUCUUUUAACCACAGAGAGCAGUGCAGACAGGCUGUUGUUCCUUUCAACGUAACUAUCACAGGCUUCAGGGUUAAGAUUGCUAUUCCUGUCUCCUCCUUGCUUUGGCACAAAAGCACGCUGAGGGUGUUUAAUUGCGGGUUUGCCUAAAGGUAGAUUAGAUUAAUUAUUACUGUGUAAUGCAAGUUCGAGCAAAUAAAGCUUAGCUAGGUGUAUAAAAAAAAAUAAAAAAGGUGCUGCCUUUUAGGGUUUUUUAAAGAAAAAAAAAAAGCCUGUCAAUCACAAUGAAAUGCAGCCAACUUUCUUCGUACCAGUGAAAGAAAAGGACUGUUUACCCUGUGAGGGGGAUAUUUAUGUCAAGAUGAGCAUACGAAACUGAGUAGAGGAGGAAGGUUUCUCCAUGAGAAGGACUGCAAUUGCUUUCAAGACUCCUCUUGAAGACUGCAGAACUAGCUUAAAAAAUGAAGCCUUAUCACUUGAACUUCAGUGCCUUCACUGCAGAGUUCCUAACAGCCUUAAUGCUAACCACCGGCUAGGGAAGGGGUCGGAGUGGGAAACGCCUUGCCUCGUGCUUCACGAAAUACUGAUUCGGCAGGUUUGCAGAGGGGGGAAAACAGGUAAUUGCCUUUAAUCUAUGCAUAUUUGCCAAGCCAUACUCAAUUAUUUUACUACUAGAGGCAUUAGAAACUAACAGUAAAAAGAACCACCGAGUUUGCAAGCGUAUUUUGGGGUACAUCAUUUCUGUA